CGCAACAAAAACUCGCUUGGAGGCGCGACUCCAGGAACUGGCUGCCGCCGCUCUAACUGCUCCUUCGCUGGCAAGGCGUCUGUUCCACGGGGGUCGCCACCGCUGAAAGCCGUAUCUCGUAGCUACAUCCACGAGCUUUUCACUUUCCUUCGGCUUGUUUUCUGGCCGUUUUCAUGCUGCUCAUUUUUGAUGUUCAUCCUCGUUUUCCUCCAGUUCGGAAAAACAACCGCCGCCGCCGACCUCACCCUCUUCUCUUUCUCCGGUCUCCUCUCGCCCUCCUCCCUUUCCCUCCUUCCUUCCAAGUUGUUCUCUUCUGCAUUCCUCUAGUCUCUUGUCCCCCUUUUUCGUUUCCUUUUUCAGACGACGACAUUUCUUGGCGCCUCCUUUCCAGUGCCUUGUGCUAGGGACUCUCGGUCUCAAGGGUGGCAGGCGCAGAACGCGAGAGACGGAGAGGAGGAAGCGAGAAAGGAAAAAGCGAGAGAAGAAAAGAGGAAGAGGAGCAGACGAGGCAAAGUUAUGCGGACAGAUGCUUCACUGGAAGCAGAUUUUCUUCCUUGGUUUUUUCCGGGGGAGAGUGAGGAAGACACAGUUGCACGACCAGCUAGAAGAUGACAGGAAGGUCGGGAAGCAAGCGUCAUCGAGAGAAUCGCUGCCGGUCUCGCAGAAAAAAGUCCUUUCUUUUUCCUUAGUGGCUUCGGAGCCCGAUAGAAGAAGAUAACAAAGCCGAGAGAAGAAGAUAAAAAAGCGGAGAGAAGAAGAUAAAAGAGCGGAGAGAAGAGCUCCUCACUCAGCGAUUCUCUUCUCUUAAAAGAUGCUUCGGCGACAAAGAGAGACAUGCUGCGACAACACGGAAGACAGCAGCAAAAAAAAGGAAUCCGAGACAGCUGGUUGCCUUGAAACUGGGCUAUGCAAAGGUAGCGUCGAUUGUUUUCUUCUUUCUCGUUCUGUCACUGUUCGCUCGAUUACCGUGCCUGUCACUCUUCUUCACCUUUUCUUCUCUGCCCCAGCGUCCUCUUCGUUUCCACUCUUUUUUCCAUUCCUCCAUCAUGGGAGCAGCAACAUCCGUUUCCGCGUCCUCUCCUUUCUCUGACUCCUUCUCUCCUUCUUCUUUCUCUUCUUCUUUGCCUCCUUCGCAUCGCUUUGCAUCCGUCGUCACGUCGGCGUCUCAUCUUCCUCCGGCGACGCGUCCUCCAGUUGUCUCGGUCUUUUUUUCUUUUCGCCUCGCCUCCCCUGCGCCGUCUUUCCUCCAGGACGCGGGCCAGUCUCUUUCUCCGCUUCUUCCUCGAAUUCGUUCCCUCUUUGCGGUUCCGGACUCCCCCGCGCUCGCGCCCUGCAGUGUGUCGACGCUCUCCGCGCGGCUUUUUCAGAGGCGCCGAGCGGACCGUGGUGGAGGCGGCAUUCUCGUCGCGUCUUUCGCGCGCAUCGAAGUACUUUCUUCUGCCUUUGGCAGCUCUCUCUACGAGCUGGUUUUUCCGAGAGAGUGGGGUGGGUGCACUUGCGGAACCUUCAACGAGGACGCCGCGCUGAAGAAUUCACCCGGUGUCGUCUUUCUCGCUUUUCGUGACCGGAAAAUUCGCUGCUUCUCCCCUGAAAAUCUCAACUUUCUUGGCGAACUCGCUCUGCCGGGAGAAGGCAACGAAACAACCUCCGGAACAGACAUCAAGAAGGACAGAAGGAACACAGAAGGAGAAGGGAGACAGAAAGACUUACACAAGAGAGACAGCUCCGGUCCUCCUGGCGAUGCCGACUCCAUUCGAAGUGCAACUCCAGAUCUCCUUAGUCCCUCCACACAACGCAUCCUCACUUCUUCAUCGUUUUCCUCUCCUUUGUCAGCGUCUGCAUUUCCUACGGUGUUGACAUGCCCGAUGAACAAUUCUGUCAUUUCUGGAGACGCCGCGGGAGGCGUCUGCGCUUUUUUCCUAGGAACGCGGCAAGUGGCUGCAACCUACGAAGUCCCGGCGUGUUUGCUGGCCAGACAGAAGGCUCUUCUUGAAAGUCGACAGAAAAGGAAAAACCACCGAGAUAGCUUGCGCUCCUCCUCUCAGAUCGACAGCGAAACGGAAACGAAACACAAAGAAGGACGAAACAGCUCGCCUUCCUCUUCCUCCUCUUCUUUUUCUUCAGUCGACGAGGUUGCUGCUUUUGGAGAGAGACUAAAUUCGCACGGUUUGUUUUCUGUGUCGACUCUUCACUUCUUUGAGAAAAAACGUUUGUUGUUUGUCGCGUACGGACAACCUCUGUCGCCUUCUGCUGGUGCGUCGGCCUCUCAGAGUGCCUGCGAAACAAACGAGGAACACCCACAAACAGUCCGAGUCGGCGAACCGUCUGCAUGCACAGAGAAGAGUUUCUCGCGCCUCCAACCGGCGUCACCCGCCGCGUCUGUUUCGCUCUCCGGGGCGAGCGAGUCCCCUGAUGCUCUGUCUGCGUCUUGCACUGCGUCGGAGUCUCAGACAGGCGGAUGCGUGAGUGCCUUGUCGCCUGUCUCAGGUCGACGGCGAGAAGAAGAAUUUGUGCGCCGGCCGCCUGCCCUUCAUGACUUUUCUCUCUCUUCUCCUUCGAAAGCUGAGGCCUCCGAGGCAACCGCUGGCGCUUCCGAGAGGAGAGAAGAGAGUCCUUCUAAGAGUGCAGCGUCGGGAGUCUUCGUCUCCGCGGAGCGGCCGGCGUUUCUCCAGUUUGAAACGCAUGGCGCAACAGCCUCAGAGCGUUCCUGGUGUCCGGAAGAAGAAGACUGCAGAGAAAAGUCCGGAGACGCAUCUCCCGCCGCUCAAGCGUCUUCAGGAGUCGAAUGGCGACCUUCCUCGCUCUACCCUGUCCUCGUGUUCGGCCUGGAAACGGGGAAAUGUCUCGGCUGUUUGUGGGGAGCGCAGACGCGCGUUGUGGCGCUCCAUGUGGGUGCCGAGUGGAGCUGCGAGCGAGAGACAAGAGAUCGUUUGUGGGGCGAAAAUGCAGCGAAGACAGCAGGGGCGCGAGGCGGUCGUCGAGAAGUGCAAGAGAACACUCGGAAUCCGUUGUGGUGCGUCGCAGUCACCGAGACAGAAAUCCUCGUUUGGAGACAGGAGAAGACCCAAAGUCCAAACCACCGAAAUUUACGCGGAGAAACUUCGCUGUGUCCGUCCUUCUUCUGUGGCCUCCGAGCUGACGGGUGGAGUCCAGGUCCACACACACUCGAGGCGACGCGGGAGGAACGUCGGCUCGAGGAAGAACCUCUGGAGCCUAGGCGAACCAACAGUCAGACGGAAUGUCGCGUCAGUUCCUGUCCUCUGUUCAACUCAGAAAUGCCAUCCUGGGGCUCGUCUUCAUCCAGCUCGGCUUCGUCGAGCUCUGCUUCCGGCAGCUUGUCUUCUGUUCCCUGUUCUUCCUCUUCGAGCCGUUCUUCAUCCAGGCCGCGUGCGAAGGCGGAGGGUGGAGUUCUCGACGGAGUCGUGUGGCGUCUCGUUUCGCGGAUCUGUCUCGCUUCGGGGGUGCAGGCGUUUGCGUCUUGGAGAGCUACGGAGAGAGAACAUCCGACAAGAGAGAACGCGGCGCUUUUUUCGCGAGCGAGAGCAGUCGGAGCCGCGCUAGAUCCGGAAGAAGGAGUUCUGUCCGUCGCCGUUGACCCCGGCGAAGAUUCCAAACUCUGUCCUCGCUGCAUUUUCUGGAAAAUUCGGAGGAAAAGACGAGAAAGGGGGCAGAACGAAGAUCAGGAAGAACUCGAAAUUCGACCUUGGAGACAACUGGCGCUGCGUCCGGAGCCUUCCGCCGGCACAACGGAGCAGCGUCAUUCUCUGUCUCCACCUCACAGCAUUUCUUCCUUCUGGUACGACCGCGUAUCUCAGACGUUGGCUGUCGGGUGCGCCGAUGGCACAGCUCGACUCGCGUAUGACGUCUUUCGUCGACGUCGCGACCAGUGGCUGACAGAACACAAGCGCGAAAGAGAGGCAGAACAGCCUUCGCUUCCGUACACCACAGCCUGCGGCUCGCGCCCGCUGCCUCUCGACUCGGUCGACCCUCUGCAUGACAGUCCUCUGCUUCUUCGUCUCCCGGAUGUGGAUCUGACAGAACCACCGCUCGGAGGAGUUCAGCCAGAACUCGACGCGUUUGUGUCUUGCGCGAAGCCUCUGCAGUUCUGAAAAUCCCCGAAGGCUCAGAUCGGAAGAGGCAAGAGAACCUGAGAAGGCGCAGGCGAGAAGACGACGCAACGGCGUGAGCGUCGGGGGAAGGGAAGAAGAGGCAGAACGCUAAAUCGGUGACUUUUCGAACGGCUUUGUUCUCUGUUCAAAGGCCUUUUGUGCAGCUUCAGUGUCUUGUGGAGAAUCGCUUUCUCUCCAUUUUCGGACAAGCGAAGAGUCUGCCUUUGGUCACCCUUUUUGUCUCCACCUUUGUCAAAAGCAAAGAGCCGAUUUCUGGCGUUUUUCCCUGCGUCCGUGGCUGGGUCGCCACUGUGCAACUGAAACUUGUAGAAAGCGGUGGCUUCCAGGUGUGACUUGCUUCUGCUCAGUUGGCGGGGAACUUCGACAGCAUCUGGAGACACAGGGAGAUAUUCCUGCUUUGUUCAUGCACCCUGGCUAUUGUUUCAACGUCGCGACAGAGGCAGAUCUGCGGCUUUCCUCAUGUGCGUUGACGAUCACAGGGGCCGUGGGAUACGUCGGAAAAGCGUUUUGAACAUUUUUGUAGAUGCAAGAGAAGAAACUGCCUUUUCUCUCUGCGGAAAGAACCAGCUGUGGAACUCCAUUGUAUGACUUCAUUUGUGUUCGAAACUACUCACCGCACGCAGACCCCGCUGGUGUCGAGGUGAGACGCCGACUUCUCCGCGUCGAUGAAGUCGACCUCCAGUGGCUGAAAAGUCGGGAUUUCGGCCUUGCGGCUACGAAAAAGAAGCGUGGUUGGUUCCGUCCAGUGUGCGAUGUUUUGGAAAGUGUACGCCGCGGAAGAGGCGGCAUAUCGUUUGCAACAACGAUACAGAAAACAGGUAUUUUGCGCGUCUGUAUACGGAAAGUGUACGUUUGGAGAAGCGGACGAACUCUUCUUCAGUUGUCGCUGGUGAGGCAAUUCGCUCUCGGUGCGAGAGGGGCUCGAGGCGCCGACUCGGCUUUCACGACUUUUUUUCAAUUGACUGCACGCUGCGACACUGACUUGUAAAAAACAGUUCAAUACAAAGUGUGUUUCCAGACUAGGCCAGUUCAAGCGCCAAUGCAGAACUGAGAUUCAAGCUGC